AUGCUUUCUGUACAUCGGUAUAUUACUUCUACUGUGACAAAAAGCGGUGGAAUUGAGUGGAAAACAAAAGAGAUGAAACUGAAUUUCAAUUUCUUAACGAACAUAUCUAUGUGGACAACAGCAUAUCCUACACUUUAA